AUGGCCAAGGCAGGCAACCCCCGGCCCGUCGUCGUCUGGUUUCGCAAUGACCUCCGCGUACAUGACAACGAAGUGCUUCUCCAAGCCGCCAAGGCCAGCCACAAUCAUGUCGUGCCAGUCUACUGCUUUGACAUCCGUCAAUACUCACUUGUGAUCACCCACCGCUCACGCAGAUGUGGCCAAUUUCCCAAGUGUGGUCGACCCCGCGCAAGAUUUCUGAUCGAAUCCGUUGACGACCUCCGCACCCGCUUGCAAGAGCUCGGUAGUGGCUUGGUCGUACGCACCGGCCUGCCUGAGGAGGAGGUGGCCCGAGUGGCCGCACAGGUCGGCGCAACACAGGUCUUCGCUCAUCAGGAGGUGUGCUCGGAAGAAGUGGCAGCAGAGCAUCGCCUCAAGCGCCAGCUUGAGGUUCCCCUCUCCCUUCACUGGGGUGCCGUCACCCUCUGUCACCUCGAUGACCUGGACUUUGGCCCCCGGUGCAAGCACCUGCCAUCCGUGUUCACCCAAUUUCGCAAGCGCGUCGAAGCCGACAUGCAUGUGCGCCCCGUAGUGGCCGCACCUGCGCGCCUCGCCCCGCUCCCAUCCGAUCUGGAGCUUGGCUCCAUUCCCACCGUCGAGGACCUCUGCCCAGGCCAGCAUGAGCCAGAUGAACGCGCCGUCCUGCCUUUCAAAGGCGGAGAGACCGCCGCCCGCGCGCGACUGCAGUACUAUCUUUGGGAGAGCAAUCUCCUCGCCAGCUACAAGGACACACGCAACGGACUUGUGGGAGGUGACUACUCGAGCAAGUUUAGCCCGUGGUUGGCUCAUGGCAACCUCACCGCCCGAUGGAUCUAUCACGAGGUCAAGCGCUAUGAGCAGGAGCGCACGGAGAACACGAGCACCUACUGGCUCAUCUUCGAGCUCUUGUGGCGAGACUACUUUCGCUUCGUCGCACUGCAGCACGGCACUGCCAUUUUCAAGCCAGGGGGGGUACAACACAAGGAUGUGCCCUGGCGCCACAGUCCCGCAGACUUUGAGGCUUGGCAAAAUGGGCAGACUGGCUUUCCGUUUAUCGACGCCAACAUGCGGGAGCUGGCAAAAACUGGCUUCAUGAGCAACCGUGGACGACAAAACGUGGCGUCGUUUCUGACAAAGGAUCUGCAAAUCGACUGGCGCUUGGGUGCCGAGUGGUUUGAGACGCUGUUGUUGGACCAUGAUCCCUGCAGUAACUAUGGCAAUUGGAACUAUGCUGCUGGCGUUGGCAACGAUCCCCGACAAGGCCGGCAUUUCAAUGUCAUCAAGCAAGCCAAAACCUACGACCCAACGGCUGAGUACGUGCAUCUUUGGGUCCCCGAGCUACGUGGCUUGGAUGCACCGCAAGCACACGUCCCCUUCAAGUUGAGCUCAGAAGAGCUGGCCCAGGCCAACAUACAACUCGGAAGCACCUAUCCCCGACCCGUGGUGGAUCGCUUGGAUGGCGGGCGUUUGCCUCUCAAGGUACGUGACGAAACAGCAUAUGGCCCGCAUGUGCAACUGCCCCAGCAAGGACUCAUCAAAAUGAUCCUGUUUGACACUCUUUUCACAGGACUUUCAUGGUAG